GUCUCGCAUUCCUGGGCUGGCAAUGUCGCGCAAGGAAGCCGGACGCGAGGCGCUCCCUCUCGAGUACGACAAGCAGCUCGCCCGCUGGGUACCGUGGCUGCCUCCGGAGGAGCUUCGCAAAGAGAGUGUUCAUUGGCUACCGCUGCUGGAAGCCGAGGUUGGAGUUCGAGUGGCAUUGCUGACGGAUGAGUUGCGAGAGGAGGCCCGGUUUCCAGACGAGGUCCCCUUGCAGCUGGCUUCUUCGUCUGAAGCUUUGGGAGAAUUGAAGCAGCAGCUGCUCUCCAGCCUCGUUGAGGAGGAGAUGGAGCACGACAAGAACAGGGACGAUGCCCAGGUCUUGGUGAUGUCUGAUUUCGAUGCUCUGCCGGUGGAGCUGUUGCGCAGGUGCCGGGUCUGCGCGCUCUCACGCAGUGAGGCAGGCAUUUCAGCUGGGAGCGCCAACCUCGCGCGGAGUCUACUGGACCUCCGCCGCGGAGAGCCUCUCAGCCAAGCGAACGAGGCUGCUGUGUUGGGUGGCCUUUCGCGGUGGUUGCAGUGGCUGCGCUGUUUUCUCGCCCCGUGUGCCAGGAAGAACGUGGAUGCUGCUUUGGCGUCUUUGAAGGAACGGCAGUUCCAGUCGACCAAAGAGGCAUUGACAUGGUCCAGCAGCGAGGCCGACGCGCUUCUGAGCGAGCGGUGUAGUUUGGAGCGCUGGCCCCCAGUUUGGAUUUGCCAGCUCGCAAACGCCAACGACGUCCUUCGGAUAGCCACCGAGAGGCUGCUUCGGGAACUGGCCCGUCUACACAGGAGGCAGGAGCAUUCGGCAGAGAAGCUGGAG